CUCACGCUGACUCCAGCUUGCAUCAUUUCUUGUCUCUCUCUUCGCAGCCGCGGGCAGACAACACACACCAUGGUGGAGCGAGUCCCUGAGUCCAUCAGCUUUCCCUCAGAGGAGGAGAAGAUCCUGCAGUUCUGGCAAACAAAGGACUGCUUCCAGGAAUGCCUUAAACAGUCCAAGAACAGGCCCAAGUACACCUUUUACGAUGGGCCUCCUUUUGCAACGGGUCUACCCCAUUAUGGGCACAUCCUGGCCGGCACCAUAAAGGACAUCGUUACUCGCUUUGCUCACCAGAGCGGCUUCCAUGUGGACCGGCGCUUUGGCUGGGACUGUCACGGCCUGCCUGUGGAGUAUGAGAUCGAUAAGACUUUGGGGAUCAAAGGGCCUGCAGAUGUGGCCAAGAUGGGCAUUGCUGAGUACAACAACCAGUGCAGAAACAUUGUCAUGAGAUACUCCAAGGAGUGGGAGAAUUCAGUGAGGCGAAUGGGAAGGUGGAUUGACUUCCAUAACGACUACAAGACACUCUACCCGUGGUUCAUGGAGACUGUCUGGUGGGUGUUCAAACAGCUGUACGACAAGGGUUUGAUUUACCGAGGCGUCAAAGUCAUGCCUUACUCCACUGCCUGCAACACCCCUCUAUCCAACUUUGAGGCCAACCAGAACUACAAGGACGUUCAGGACCCGUCGGUGAUCGUCAACUUCCCGUUGGUUGGGAAUGAAGAUGUGGCUUUGAUCGCCUGGACGACGACACCGUGGACACUGCCGAGCAACAUGGCCCUCUGUGUGAACCCGGAUUUCAUAUACGUCAAGGUCAAAGAUAACGCCACAGAGAAGACCUACAUCUUGAUGGAGGCCAGGCUGGGAGCUCUGUUUAAGUCCGAGAGCGAGUACACUCUCUUAGACAAAUUUCCUGGCAAGAUGCUGAAAGGGAAAAAAUACACGCCUCUAUUCCAGUACUUUGCCAAGUGUGAGGAGACAGGAGCCUUCCAGGUGGUGACGGAUAACUACGUCAGGGAGGAAGAGGGCACAGGAGUGGUCCACCAGGCACCUUACUUUGGAGCUGAUGAUCACAGGGUGUGCACCGAAUACAAAAUCAUCCAGCGGGACCAGGCUCCUAUCUGCCCCGUGGACGCCUCGGGCUGCUUCACUUCAGAGGUCACUGACUUUGCGGGACAGUAUGUCAAAGAUGCCGACAAAAACAUCAUCAAGUGGCUGAAGGAGAAGGGUCGCCUCGUCAACGCCAGCAGUUUCAAACAUAGUUACCCCUUCUGCUGGAGGUCUGACACGCCUCUGAUCUACAAAGCCGUCCCCAGCUGGUUUGUUCGAGUGGAGCACAUGGUGGAGAAACUACUGGAGAACAACAGCAAAUGCUACUGGUAAGCUGUUUCCUGAGACAGCUGAUGGCUAGCUUGGUGCUAAGUGACAGGGAAUUGGCAGCUAUGAGCGCCAAGCGCUCUCAAAUACUUCAAGACAAGACUGACAGCAGUUGCAGUCCCAAAUCAAUUACAGCCCCGAUUCUGCAUGACCACACCAAGUCGUUUGUCUCUGCAGGACAGCUGUGUAUUACUGGUUAUAGAUUUUUCUUUAUUUUUCACUAAAUAAGGUUAAAAUCCUCAUCAGUGCAUUUUAAUAUGAUGCACACAGGACUGAUGUUUUAUAGGAAACAUUAGCAUGAUGCUAAUUUUAAAGGCAGAACGUGGCGCAUAAGUAAGCGUCAGCAUGAUGGCUCUGCUAAGUGGUAUUACCCCUGGUGCUCCCAGUGCUCUUUUCUGAGCCACAGUAGCUGCCUCUGGUAAUGGGACUGUCAAACCGAGAUGAAUGAGUAGCCGCGAGAAAGGUGAAGAUGCACAAACACACACGUGCACAGAGCCUGGCACAAACGCACACACGCUACUUUAGAGGCUACAUUCCUUGUAUGAGGGGUACAAGUGUCAUACUUAAUACAGGACAACUAUGUGCAUAUUAUGUUAGUCAUUUUUAGUAUGUUACAGGGUUUUUUUGCAGUAGAAUCGGGCAAUUAAUGAUAAUUUUCAUUAUACAUUAAUCUGCCAUUUCUUAUUUCAAUUAAUCACAUGGUCUAGAUGUUUGCCUCCACACGGCUCUCACCAUGGCGGCUAGCAGCUAACGGUGCUAAUAACGCUAACAGUGCUGAAGGAGCUAGCAGUGUUUACCAGACGGGGAACUGAAGGGUGGAUGCUCCACUUUCUUGACAACUCAUCGGUCAGGACGGCGUUAUCAGCUAUAGCUGCUGUAUGUGAGCAGAGCAGAGCGGCGGCACGAACAUGCAAUAAAAGGUGCACACGGCCGGCCCAGCGAUGUAAACAAAGCAAGGAAAAAAAUUCAAUUAUAACACACGCAGAGGGAAAGUGAUUUAUUUCUCUGCUCAGGUAGAAAUGACUCCACUAUAUCUUUACAUGGCUAAUGGCUGUUUGCUGCUAUAGUAAUGCUCUGGAUAUCGAAAAGAGAACCUUUAGAAAAUGACUUGAAACAACCGCUCGAUUAUCAACAUUGUUCUUUUAGCACUAGAGUGAAAUGCAAAUAAAUGUAACAUAUUUGUACAAUGAUGAAAUCGCUGUCAAUUCAUCAUUUUUAAUGGUAAAUUUAGCUGCUACUUAGGAAGCCUUCAGGAAUUUUACAUUAAGUACAUACACACAUAUUUCCUCCCGUGUCUGCGUGGUUGCAGGGUGAUGCUCUUAUGCAGCUUUCUAAUUAAGCUUAUACUCCAUCCUUAAUUAUUUGAUUUUGUUAAAAGAAGAUUUUUGUUCUUUUUUUGACUCCACUUUUAUACCUGAGUUGUAACCUCAGGGAGAUUGUCUGUCUCUCUGUCUCGGUGAGGGUCGCCAGCUCACCUGCAUCUUAAAAAGAAUAAAGUCUUCCCUGAGCUCAGUACCUCUCUAUGAAGUUCACGUUAGCUGAUGGACACUUAAUAGAAUCUUUCAGAAAGCAAAAUGCUUUUACCCUGCUCUCAAUGGGAUUUGCUCAUUUUAUCUCUUUACUCAAAUGUGCAGUGCAGUGGUUCGACCCAGGCUAAGUAUACAUUGAGCAAGUUCAGGCUGAUUUCUCCAGAUGUCCGUCUGUCUGAAUAUAUUAAGGACUGAAUUAAUGAGUGCUUGCCAGAAGAGCUGGUCUCUUUGGAGGCUCAAGGUGCAGGAAGCUCGGCCACUGCCUGAUUUCAGAUCGUAGUUUCUUGAAAUGUGGUGUUGAUUGUUUCUCGGGUUUGAUCAAGCCAAAGCUCGACAGACCUGCCUGCAUGGUGACGAUUACUAAGCCAUGAUUGGACCAUCACCAUUCAGGAGGAGGGGUUUAGCGUACAGUCUAUUUCCUGAUUAGUUACAAAGUCAUCAGCUUCUAUUUUUUUUCUUCAUGUUUUCAUCCUCUUUACCCAUCACGCACACGCUCAAUCGGUCCUGACCACGACCUCUGUCCCUCUGCCUCCCUCUGGUAUCCAUCCCUAGCGUCUCUGACUUAUAAUAGAAGCCUGCACAUGUUAAAUGGCUCCUCUGUGCAUCUUGAGCACAAGACAGGACAUUUUAAAUUCUACAUUUAGAAUGAAGCAAGAGUGGGAGGGCGAGGUGGUGGAUGAGU